AUGGCGGAGCUGCAGCUGGACCCGGCGAUGGCUGGGCUGGGAGGGGGUGGCGGGAGCGGGCUGGGCGAUGGGGGCGGCCCGGGCCGCGGACCCCCCAGCCCUCGCCCCGUCGGCCCCACGCCCCGGGGGCACGGCCGCCCACCCGCCGCUGCCGCGCCUCCGCUGGAGCCGGGUCCCGGACCGCCAGAGCGGGCAGGGGGCGGCGGCGCGGCCCGCUGGGUCCGACUGAACGUGGGCGGCACUUACUUCGUGACCACCAGACAGACCCUAGGCCGGGAGCCCAAGUCUUUCCUGUGUCGCCUCUGCUGCCAGGAGGACCCGGAGCUGGACUCGGACAAGGAUGAGACAGGGGCCUAUCUGAUUGACAGAGAUCCCACCUACUUUGGUCCUAUCCUAAACUACCUCCGCCAUGGGAAACUCAUCAUUACGAAGGAGCUGGCAGAAGAAGGUGUUCUGGAAGAAGCGGAGUUUUACAACAUUGCAUCUCUUGUGCGGCUGGUUAAGGAACGGAUACGGGACAAUGAGAACAGAACUUCUCAGGGCCCCGUGAAGCACGUGUACAGAGUCCUGCAGUGCCAGGAGGAGGAGCUUACGCAGAUGGUCUCCACUAUGUCCGAUGGGUGGAAAUUUGAACAGCUGAUCAGCAUCGGCUCUUCCUAUAACUACGGAAAUGAGGAUCAGGCAGAAUUCCUCUGUGUCGUCUCUAGAGAACUAAAUAAUUCUACCAAUGGCAUUGUCAUAGAGCCCAGUGAAAAGGCAAAGAUUCUUCAGGAGAGAGGAUCUCGGAUGUAAACUCCAGAUCCUUGACCAUCAGGAGAGCAACCCGGCAGAGCACCUCGUGACGUUCAACCUUGCUCCUGUACAGUAACCAACCGAGCUGCUGCAAAGCAAAGCUGAGCCUGGCCCCCCAGUGGAGAAGUGUUCGGGUCAAAACCAAAGGAACCCCUGCCCCCUCCCACAGGAACCUGAAGACAGACGCGACUCCGGCUGCAGAAUACCUUUUCAGAAACCUGCUUUUGUUUUCUUAGCCAGUGUCGUGACGAGUCUGAUAACCGCAGCUGGGCCACGUUCCCAGUUGGAGCCCUUAUGGGCACCUGGGGGAAGGGAAGAGGAAGGCCUGGCUCCUUGUACAUGCCCGUACUGCAGGGAAGCCGCGGCAAAUGGAGGAGGAUGGUCCGUGAGCUGUGCCAUGUUUUCGCCCGAGUGCCGCGUUGGAAGCCGCUUUGUAACACUAUCUUUCCCUCCUUCUCUGCACCCCAGACUAAUGCAGCAGAUGCCAAGGACUGUAGCUUCAGUCUGUCAAGUUGAAUUUAGGUUUUGGAUAAAGGAUGGCGUUGCCAGAAUAACCCCUCCCCCCGUUCCUGUGAACAGAACCCCUUUGAGGAAGCAGGUGAUGGGGUGUCCUUGGUUAUGGGCGGAGGUCGGGGAUCGCUGCCCUGGGUUCGGGGCGCUUAGCCGCCACCAUGUCCAUCCCUGCCUCAUUUGCCUCUAGCAGCCCGGACUCUCCAGUAGCUUGCUUUCUUCCCGAGAGGAGGUCUGAGGCAGGUGGCGUCUCGCACUGUGUUGCACAGACAGGUGGGAGCGUCAGGUAGCUGGUCUGUAGCCUUCGCUCACCCUCCGUUGGCCCGUCUUCCUUCUCUGACUUCUGAAACUGGACCGAAGAUAAAGGGGACUUGGGAUCCUCUGAUGGCUUGGGAUGGGGACAGCAUUUCUUUGAAAGUUGCCAAAUGUGUUACAUUAUAGUAUCCAAAAGUGUUAUUUCUUCUGUGAUUGUCUCUUGGAAAUGCCUUGACUGAACAUUUAGUAUUUA